AUGGCAGACCCAGCACCAUUACCUUUCAUAUAUCAAUUCAUUUCGGGAGCAGUAGCAGGGGUCUCAGAGAUCCUUGUAAUGUACCCAUUGGAUGUCGUCAAGACUAGACAACAAUUGGACUCCACAGGAACCACCGGCGGCACAAUCAAUUGCUUAAGAACAAUUGUCCGUGAAGAAGGGUUUUCAAGGUUAUACAAAGGUAUCACUGCUCCGAUCUUGAUGGAGGCUCCCAAGAGGGCUACAAAAUUCGCUGCUAAUGAUGAAUGGGGAAAAUUCUACAAGAAGGCAUUUGACGUUCAGCAAAUGACACAAUCAUUGGCUAUAUUGACUGGUGCUACUGCCGGUGCUACCGAAUCAUUUGUCGUUGUUCCAUUCGAAUUGGUGAAGAUCAGAUUACAAGACAAGACCACAAAAUUCAAUGGUAUGGGCGAAGUUAUCAAGGAUAUUGUCCAAAAGAAUGGUGUACUCGGAUUAUACAAGGGUCUUGAAUCUACAAUGUGGAGACACAUCUGGUGGAAUGCCGGAUAUUUCGGAUGCAUCCACCAAGUUAAAGGCUUGAUGCCAAAACCAAAGGAUUCGACUCAAAAAACUUUGAUAGACUUGACGUGUGGUACAAUUGGUGGUACCGUUGGUACCGUUUUAAACACACCAUUUGACGUGGUCAAAUCAAGAAUCCAGGCCGGUUCGUCAAGGUAUAAAUGGACUUACCCAUCAUUGGGCAUGGUUGCCAAGGAAGAAGGUUUCGCUGCAUUGUACAAAGGUUUCAUUCCAAAAGUGUUGAGAUUAGGUCCUGGUGGAGGUAUCUUGUUGGUGGUUUUUACUGCAUGCAUGGAUUUCUUCAGAAAGAUGCGCGAUGAGAAAUGA